CCAAACAUCCCAGGGAAAAGACUCCACAAAACGCUUUUUUGUUUUGAUUUAAGGAGGUACAGCUAACAUCAUAUAUGGCGGGAAACAUAGAAAGAGCAGAAGAAACACAGAAAAUGGAAUCAAAUUGUGAAGUAACACCAAUACUACCCAAAUGGGCAUCCCAGCCUUGCAUUAUGGGUAUCGAUGAAGCUGGAAGAGGCCCCGUUCUAGGACCAAUGGUGUAUGGAUGCUUGUACUGUGCUGCUUCUUUUCAGACUACUCUUGCCUCGUUGAACUUUGCAGAUUCGAAAACUCUGAAGGAAGAGAAGAGGGAAGAGUUAUUUGAAUCGUUGAAGGCCAAUGAGUCAAUUGGAUGGAGCGUUGACGUAAUAGAUCCUCGAGAACUAUCGGCCAAAAUGUUGAAGAAGAAUAAGAUAAACCUUAAUGAAAUAUCGCAUAAUUCUGCAAUAGGCCUUGUCACCCGAGUGCUUGAAAUGGGGGUGCUUCUUACGCAGGUCUUUGUGGAUACAGUUGGAGAUGCCGACAAGUACAGUGCCAAAUUAUCUGAAAUAUUUCCGUCCAUUAAAUUUGUGGUCGCUAAGAAAGCUGACAGUCUAUAUCCAGUUGUUAGUGGAGCCAGUAUUGUUGCCAAGGUCACUAGAGAUAGGGCUUUGCGUGAUUGGCCCUUUGACGAAUCAGCCGAUAAUUUGCACAGGAACUUUGGAUCUGGCUAUCCUGGAGAUCCUGAGACAAAGGCCUGGUUGAAACAUCACAAACAUUCUGUUUUUGGGUUCCCAACAUUGGUACGGUUCAGCUGGGGUACUUGCACCGCCUACUUUAAAGACACUGUUGAAGUAGCAUGGGAAGCUGAUGCUGACUUGGAUGAGGAUGGUUCAGCUAACAAGAACGGCAAGAGACAGCUCAAAUUAAGCACAUUGGGCUUCACUGGGUGCAAGAGGAACAGUGAGCAAAUUGAGUCCAGUGGUAGAGGCCGCUGCAAGUUUUUCCAGACCCGCAAGCUUGAACUGCUUACACAAUUCUAAGAUAUAAGGACUUUUCACACAGGGAAGAAUCUCUUUUGUAGUCGUCAAGAAAGAUUUGUGUGUACAAGGAUCUGCAUAUAAAUAGUAAUAUCAGAUGAACUUGAUUCUGUGUGCUAAAGGAAGCAACUAGCAAGUAAAGGAAAACUACCUUUUUGUUGUAGACAUGUCUGUAUAUGAUAGCAUAUAGUUUCUUAAACUUCUUUUUAUCGUGGGUAGACUGGACUCUGGAGAAAUUAUUCCUUCUUGUAUAUGGUGAAAAUCGAAUGGUUAUAUUUAGCAUUUGAAUUGAUGCUAGAGAGAGCCACUUUAAGCUUUCUUUAUGUUUCCUUGCAUCUCUUUGCAUUGAACAUAUUUUAAAAACGUUGAACAUAUUCUAAAGUUCUCUGUGUCCAGCUCGUAACAUUGAACAAUUUAAAAACCUUUCAUCUUAGACUAUGUUUGGUUUCAUGAUACAAUAUUAAUGGAU